ACCACCUCUCCACACUGUCUCAAAGUGGAGUUGGGUGUAUAAAGAUUUUUGAGGAUAAAAUAUUUCCUUUCGGGUGUAGUUUCUGAGUCCUGGCUGCAGGGGUGUAACGAUGGCGUCUCAGGGCCUUCAGAUCAUGGGUGUGCUGCUUGCCUUCAUCGGCUGGUUGGGCACUAUCAUCGCAUGUGCACUUCCCAUGUGGAGAGUCAGCGCUUUCGUUGGGGCGAACAUUGUCACGGCCCAGGUGAUCUGGGAAGGAUUGUGGAUGACCUGUGUGGUCCAGAGCACGGGCCAGAUGCAGUGUAAAGUCUACGACUCAAUGCUGGCCCUGUCUCAGGACCUGCAGGCGGCCAGGGCCAUGGUGAUCAUCUCUGUAAUUGUUGGGGUGUUUGGGGUCCUCAUGGCGGUUGUUGGAGGAAAGUGCACAAACUGCAUGGAGGAUGAAUCGUCCAAAGCCAAAACAUGCAUUGUGUCUGGGGUGAUCUUCAUCAUAGCCGCCCUGCUCAUCAUGAUCCCGGUGUCGUGGUCAGCUCACGCAGUCAUCAGAGACUUUUAUAAUCCCAUUGUGCCCGCCGCUCAGAGGAGGGAGCUCGGGGCUGCGCUCUACAUCGGCUGGGGUGCCUCUGGGCUGCUGCUGCUGGGGGGAGGCCUGCUCUGCAACAACUGCCCCCCGAAGGAUGGCAGACCCUAUGUACCGGCAAAAUUCAGCUCUCCAAGAACCGUGUCCGCACAUGCGGACUAUGUGUGAGUGCUUCGGCUGGAGCUGUAACAUAGUUGUCAUAUUUUACACAAGUACAGUUGAAUAUUGUUACAAUGCAUGCAAAA